AUGUAUGAAAGUUUGAUUUUCCUAAUAUUUUUAUUCAUUUUCUGUUAUUUCGCAUCCGCUCAAAAUGGAGUUGUGAUUGAGCAAGAAUUUGUUAAAAAAGGCUGUAAUUCUACUUGUAUUUAUCGAGAAGAUCGAAUUUCAUCGAAAACGAUCUCAAAUUUUCCGAAAAAUUGCUCCACUUUGUGCGGAUAUUUCGUUAUCGAUGAUUUGACUGAUUUGUCUGAAAAGCAAUUAAUUUCGCUUUUUGAAAAUGCAAAAAUCCUAAUUGGUGGAUUAACAAUUUUUGACACAAAUUACACAACUGGAAGUUUUCUGUCUGGAUUGGAAGCGAUUGAUUGUAUGUACGAUUCGGGUGUGGAGUGGGUUUCAAACAUGAAAAUGACAGAAUUGGGAUUAACAAAUUUGAAAAACAUCUCAUGCAACGAUUUUACAAUUUCGGACAACUCGAAAAUGACAAAAUUGAAUAUGCCAAAAUUUGAGAAUUAUCAAGGCACUAAUAACCUGGUAAUUAGCCGUUUGGCAUCUGAUUUUUGCAUGUCUGGAGAUGAGAUCAAAGGAUUUUUGACCACAACUACAGUACCCGCAACCGUUGAAAUUUCUGGAAAAUUAUGUGAUUUUGUGAAAAAUGACAAAAGUUGUACAAAAGACGUUUCCGAUGGAUGCACGGAUUUUUAUGGAGGUUUGACGAUUGGACCAAAUUUUUCGGACUUGGAAAAGUUGAAAUCGCUGGAAACAUUCAUUGGGACACUUUUCUUAAAUGCAACCAACUUCAUUGACUUGUCGAUUUUCGAAAAAUUGCACUAUAUUAUUCAAAUUGAUCAGAAAAAGUCUGCACUCAAAGUGGAAGGCAACGAAAUGUUGAACAGUGCACUUUUUCCAAGUUUGAAGCGAAUUUUUUCCACUUCUCCUUUGGAAUCUGUGAUUUUCAAAAAUAACCAUGAAAACCUGAAAAACGACCCAAUGACAUGUUAUAAAAUCAGGAAUUCAGUUAUGCCGUCAAGUCUAUGGGUUCCAGAUUUUGAUGAUAUUUCUUGUGAAGACAUGAAAGUUGUGAAUACGCCAGCACCAGAAACUCCUGGAGUCACACAAGUUUUGGGGAAUCCUACUGUAACACCACCGCCAGGACACUCAGAAACUUGUACAGAUAAUUCUGGAGGAAACAUUUGGAAUUCAAAACCAAUUUUGCUGAUUUCGUUAUUUUCAUGCAUUUUUUGA